AGGGACCCCCUCGGUGCAAAGUGAUCCUCAUCCCUUCAUUAAGAAGCCCACCUGGCCCGACAUUCCGCAUGGACUGGGACGCCCGGCCGGCACCCCCGUGGUAUCUAUCCAGGGCACUAACAGCGACCUCAGGGGCGACUACCUGCUGCACAGAAGCCCAGACCCUCGCGCUAGCCCUCCCUAUCGCCCAGGGACCCCGCUCCUUCCGCAGCCAUGGGCCGCUACACGGGCAAGACCUGCCGGCUGAUCUUCAUGCUUGUGCUGACUGCGAUCUUCUUCGUGGCCGAGUUAGUGUCGGGGUAUCUGGGUAACUCCAUCGCGCUCGUCUCGGACUCCUUCAACAUGCUGUCCGACCUGAUCUCCCUGUGCGUGGGGAUCACGGCCGCUCGCAUUUCCCGGCGCCAAAGUCGGGGCCCCCGGGCCUCGUUCGGCUACACCCGGGCGGAGGUGGUGGGCGCGCUCUGCAACGCCGUCUUCCUCACCGCCUUGUGCUUCACCAUCCUGGUGGACUCCAUCCUCCGCUUGGCGCAGCCGCAAAGGAUCGACGACGUGCAGCUGGUGCUGAUUGUCGGCGCGCUGGGGCUGCUGGUGAACAUCAUCGGCUUGCUGGUUUUCCAGGACUACGGCGCCAUCCUGCGCUUCUUCCGGAAGUGGAAAGGCACGCGGGAGCCGGAGGACACCAGGAGCGCGUCGGACCCCCAACUCAGCGUCCGACCCUACCGGGCAGACCGCGAAGGGCACGAGACCGACGAAGCAGGUGACUCUUUAAAUGACGACGAGGACCCAGAGGAUGACGGAACGAAGAAAGACAAAGGGGCAGCUUUAAACAUCAGAGGGGUUUUGCUUCACGUGAUGGGGGAUGCGCUGGGAUCGGUGGUGGUUGUGGUAGCGGCUGUCAUCUUUUACGUGAAGCCUUUGGCUCCAGAAGCACCGUGUAACUGGCAGUGCUACAUCGACCCCAGCCUCACUGUAGUCAUGGUGGCCAUCAUACUGUUCUCCGCCUUUCCCCUUAUCAAGGAAACCGCUACCAUCCUACUUCAGAUGGUUCCCAAAGAUGUGAAGGUGGGAGAAAUCGGUCAACAACUGACCGAGGUUCCCGGGGUAAAAAGCGUUCACGAGAUUCACGUCUGGGAACUCGCCAGCGGGAAAAACAUCGGCACGCUUCACGUGAAGUUUCAGGAUGUCUCCGACUACGGCGCAGCCGACCGCCACAUCCGUAAGAUCUUCCACUCCCACGGCGUUCACGCGGUCACCCUGCAGGCCGAGUUCAUCAACGAGAGUGACUUCUCCUUGGCGUGCAGCGCGCCUUGCGUCUCGAAGAAAUGUGACCCGUACCUGUGCUGCAGCCAGGAGCUGGUUCCGUACUCCGAAACAAACGGUAAAGCUCUGAAAAAAGGCAAAUCCUCCCAGGUUUGGUACCGGAGCAACGAUCUGAACAUAAACAUUGACGUCCAGACACCCGUCGACUCCGUGCCUGAAGAUGACGAGGGGCUUAAAUUGAAGAACGUCGCAAAUGGUUUUAAUAUUGAGAAUGAGGCGCUCAAAAGCACUCGUUUUUAAACGGCGGAUGUGGUAGGACCUCCGUGGACCAAAGACGAUACCUUUGAGUCUUAUGCACUGUUUACAUGAACUGGAAUCCUUCUGGUUCUGAAAGCAGGUGGUAAUAUUUACUUGGUGACUUUAAAACCUGAACAGGUUAUACCAUACCUACCAUCAUGUUAUACCCGGCGAGCGCACUGCGCUUCUUAUACGCACCCUCUAACUGGGCUUUGAGGGGGGUUUACGUAAUUCUGUAGGGGUUACUCUGUGUUUUAAAACAUAAGAACCGUUCAGUCCGUCUAGUCUGCCCAUAGUCACCCCCCCCCCACUUGUUUAUGCCAUCAUUCUAAGCUUGAUGAUAAAGCAAUAUAUUGUUCACCAUCUGGCACAAAGUGGGUUAAAAAGAGGGUAGGGUAAUUAUGUAGAAAGACCACCCCAA